UAAGAAAAUGACCAUAAUAUCCUUCAAACGCUUUUUCAGUUGACAGGGACGAAGUAAUUAAUGAGCAAUUAGUGUAAGUAGCUCUCUUCUCUUUCUCUAAAAAUUUGGAAAAGAAGAAGACAAUAGCCAGCAAAUGACAAUGGGAACAUCGACGCAGGCAUACGGUGAAUCAUGGUACUGGGACAACAGAUACGCAAAUGAAUCAGGACCCUUCGAUUGGUACCAAAAAUAUUCUUCUUUGGCUCCUCUCAUCAAUCUCUACAUUCCUCGCCAUCACCAUCCUCGAAUCCUCGUCGUGGGAUGCGGCAACUCAGCAUUUAGCGACGGCAUGGUGGACGAUGGAUAUGACGAUGUGGUAAACAUUGACAUAUCGUCUGUUGUUAUUGAAGCUAUGAAUAACAAAUAUUCUAAUCGUCCUCAACUAAAAUAUAUUCAAAUGGAUGUUCGUGAGAUGAGUGCUUUUCAAACAGGUUCCUUUGAUGCUGUUAUUGAUAAAGGAACUCUAGACUCUAUCUUGUGUGGAAAUAAUUCACGACAAAAUGCCACCUUGAUGCUUGAAGACGUUUGGAGGGUCCUGAAGGAUAAAGGAGUAUAUAUCCUGGUUACAUAUGGAGCUCCAGUUUAUCGCCUAUGCUUGUUGAAAGAAUCAUGCUUGUGGACGAUUAAACUUCACGUGAUAGAAAAGCUUUUGUCAGGGGGAGACUCUGAACAUCCAGUGUGGGAGUUGACAAAUCCUGUUCCACUUAAUGAUGAUGGAAGCUCGGUGGAAGCGGCACUUGGAAAAAAUCCUGAUGUUCAUUAUAUUUAUAUUUGUACCAAGGAUGAAUCAUUGAAGGCAGGCCAAAAGCCUGAAGAGGAAGUCUAGUGACAAAUACUAGGAUGUCCAGCAUUUCUCGACAAGGUUGUCUGCAGAACCAAGCUUCCUGCGUUGUGGGCUUCGGAGUCUAGACUCCGUGCGGUUCAAGGAAACCAUGAAUUCAGAUCACAUUAAAGUAACUUUAUUGCUGCAUCGCCUCUGGCCAAACCUUUUGAAAUGCAUCCUCUGUUUCUUGUUAGGUCAAUACUAAAUGGAUCAAAUGAGAAAUAAUUAGCCUACCAAUAUUUUAGUCUUUGAACUGAUACCUUGAUUGAUGGGUCUGUAAACUAUAUGCGGCUUCCUCCACUAGUUUUGGAUAAAUGGUUCUACCAAUUUCCAUUCCAAUAAAUAGUUUUUCAGGUUUUAAUUUA